AUGCCAGUGUACGACCAAACUGUGCUGGACACGCGCGUGGGAACUGGCAGUACAAUAAGCUUCGCCACUAUCCCUUCUUGUUUUGAAGCCGCGCAUCCCGUUAAGGCGGGUGGACUGGAUAAAAUCAUCAAGGUUUAUGAAAUGGUUUUGACUCAGAGAAAAAAUAACAGGAGAAAGCCUGCUCCACAUCAGUGGUGUUUUGGGGGUUUUGCGAGAGAGGGCAAUGAGUGUUUCAUUGCUGCAGUUGAAGUAGAGAUGCUGCUACGCUUGUCUUGGUCGGAAGUGCUUCUUCUCGGGUACUAUUAUUAUGUCGAAUAA